CAUCCGCCUUUUCGUGUCAUAUGAAUCGCUUCUGUGCAGUACAAAGAGUUAAUCUGUAUUUUUAAUGGAAUAUUUCAAAUGAAUUUGAAAGAACUUUCUGGCCAAAUGCAUGUUACGCAAUAAUCGAUUUGUCAGACGCUGCACACUCGCGCGACGCGACUCUCCGGGAAUCUAGAACGCGUCGUUCGAAUUUGGUCGCGUCGCGUUGAAAGCAGACGGGCUGUAAGAGGAGAGGAAUAUGUUUUGCCUUUUACUGCCCUAUAGAGAGUCCAGUGACGUAGAGAAUCCCAAAACUCGCGGAAAGUGUGGUGAAAAACAGGCUGCAGUCUAUGCGGCGCGCUCAUCUCCUUUGGAAAUGCGAGGACACACUCAAACUCUUCGUAUUCGCUUCCAUGAAGCGCUUUAUGUCCUUUAUAUGCUGUUUUAUGUCAGUCGUUUAGCUUGUGCUGCUGCGGAAGUGUCGGACAAAACUGAAGUUUGGAACAAAACUCAACUUUUCGAGCUGUACAGUAAAGGUGUUUUCCGGUUGGAGAGCGUGUCGCGGAAGCUUUGCCUCUCAGCGGACUCGUCCGGUCUGUCUCUGACCAGCUGUGAGCCCCCGUCUGCCACCCUGCUUUGGAAAUGGGUGUCCCGGCACCGUCUCUACAAUCUGGGCACCAAUCGGUGUCUAGGGAUCAACACGACCAAGUUCCUGCAGCCUGAUGUGGGCAUCUUUGAGUGUGACGUUUCCCUCCCAACCAUGUGGUGGCGCUGUGGGGGCAGCAUUUUGUUCGGAGCGAUGAAUAAUAAGUUAGCGGUGGUGGACUCCAAAGUGGUGGUGAAGAAGGUCGCUCUACAUCAGUGGAGGAUUUACGGGGCGGCCGGUGAAGGGCCAUGCGCUUACCCAUAUGAAGACAUCCACACGUUACAAGGAAACUCCCACGGCAUGACCUGCUCCAUACCCUUCAAAUACAACAAUAAAUGGUUCUGGGAUUGUACCUCUGAGGGCAGAGAGGACCGUCACCUCUGGUGUGCCACUACUAACCACUAUGAUCAGGAUGAGAAAUGGGGCUUCUGCCCCAAUCCAGUGUUAGGCUGCAAUGAAUUCUGGGAGAGCCAUCCGGAGCUGAAUGCCUGUUAUCAGUUUAACUUGUACUCCAUCCUCACCUGGAGUCAAGCUCUUACUUCCUGUCAAGCACAGGGUGGGAGUCUUCUGUCCAUCACACAGUCCAGUGAACAAAGCUAUAUUAAAGGAAGACUAUCAGAUAUGGGUGUGAUGGUCUGGAUUGGAUUAAACCAUCUCAGUCAACAUGGGGGAUGGCAGUGGUCUGAUGGAUCUCCUUUAGCUCUUGUCAGUUACACCGCAGAUCUGACCUCCACACCGGUGCAGGAGAACCAGCAGUGUGGGGUGUUUAACUCCACGCAGGGUUCCUGGCAGAGUCUGUCGUGUGAGUCAGCCUUGCCUUACAUCUGCAAGAAAGCCACCAAAUACAGCCGGAAUGCCGAGCCGCUUGAUAACUGGCAGUAUAAGGAGACGAUUUGUCCCGGUGGUUGGUUGGCCCAUAAUGGGUUUUGUUACCGAUACCUGGAUGAGAGGUUGAACUGGGACGGCUCUUCCAGCGCAUGCAAAUCUCUUGAGGCAGAGCUGGUCAGCGUCCACUCCCUCUCUCAACAAGAACUACUACUGAAACUGCUCUCCAAUGGAUCCGACUCUAAGGUGUGGAUCGGCUUGCAUAAGGAGGACAAACUUUCAUCAGUCCAGUGGUCAGACGGCUCUCCAGUCACAUUCACAUCCUGGUACUCUCAGGAGCCUUCCCAUAGCCAUGGCGACAAACGAAUCUGUGUCACCGCAGACUUGAAGGACAGCAGAUGGCAGUUUGAGGAGUGUGAAGAGCAGCAUGCCGCAAUCUGUAAGACCUCAGGUCUUGUUCCACAGCAUCCGUCUGGAGAAUGGGAUGAAGGAUGUCCGGAGGGCUGGAGAAGGAAGGACAACUGGUGUUAUAAAAUCACAGAUCAGGAGCAGACGUUUGAGGAUGCAGUUAAAGGAUAUUACUGCAAAUCUCCUCUUGUUACUAUAGAAAGCAGGUUUGAGCAGGCCUUUCUAAACAGCCUGAUCAGUGAAAAGGGAGGCUCUGAGACCCGAUCCUACUGGACAGCUCUGCAGGACCAGAACAGAACCGGAGAGUACCGCUGGCUGACGCAGAACGGCUCGUCGACACCCCUCACCUACACCAAGUGGAACCGACACCAGCCAGUGAGUGCAGGAGGCUGUGUGGUGAUGUCUGGAGGCCAGGCUCUGGGUCACUGGGAGGUGAAAAAUUGUCACGCUUUUAAGGCCCUGUCUGUGUGCAAACAGGAAGUGAGCGGUAAUCGUGACACCCUGAUGCCUGUGCCAGACAUAAACCUGAAUGCACCAUGUCCCACAGGAUGGGAGAGCCACAAAGGCCUGUCUCACUGUUACAAGGUGUAUCACAGCGAGAAGAUCCUGAUGCAACGCACCUGGACCGAGGCUCAGUUCUUCUGCCGGGCUUUGGGUGCUGAUCUGGCCAGUUUCCAUCACUAUGAAGAUCAGGCUUUUGUCAAAAAGCUCCUCUCUAUGAUGUUCCAAAGUACAGAGGGUCGCUGGUUUUGGGUGGGCUUUACUAAGAGAAACCCCUGGUCUGACGGAGCCUGGGAGUGGUCCGAUGGCACACCGGUGGUGGCAUCGUUCGUGGAGGAUAUGAAUGAAGUGGACUCUCGCAUGUGUGCUGUGUACAGUGACCUCACAAACACUCUCACGCCUCACUCAUGUGACUCCAGAUAUGAGUGGAUUUGCAAGGUCCCUAGAGGUGUGGAGUUGGUGAAGCCGUACUGGUACAGCGACCAACAUGAGCCGUGGAUAUUUUUCAGAGGAGCUGAAUAUUACUUUGCCAGUAUGCCGUUUCCCUGGGAGUCCGUCUCCUUCGCCUGUAAGAUGAUGGGUGCUGAUCUGCUCUCCGUUCACUCUAGUGAGGAACUGGACUUCAUCAGAGAACACAUUAACAAGGAUUCUGAAUUUUGGUGGAUUGGUUUGUCUGCUAACAGUGGUCACGAUGGUCUCAGUUGGACUGAUGGAUCCGCUUUGGAUUAUGAGAACUGGGAAAAUGGUGGAUUCUACCGAAAGCCUGGCCAAAACUGCAUCCAGAUGUCGUCUCAAUCCGGUCAGUGGUCAGCAGGAAGCUGUAAGGAUCGACAUAGUUACGUGUGCAAGCGCAGAACGGUGUCUUUAGUGGAGGACCCACGCGAGCCUCACUAUGUCGGCAGCUGCCCAGAGAACUGGUUCUACUACGGACACAAGUGUCUGUUUCUGCAUCUCCCAGCCCGUCCGGGAGAUGGGAAAUCCUGGCUGGAUGCUCGGUCCGUCUGCUCAUCCUAUCAGGGAUCUCUGGUGUCCAUAGAAGAUGAAAUUGAACAAGCCUACAUCGUCAUGCUGCUUCAUGGCUGGUCGGCGGGGGUUUGGAUUGGUGCACAGGGUCGUUUUUCCUCCAAGUGGAGCAACGGGAAGCCAGUCAGCUAUAAUAACUGGGAGGUGUCUAAUUAUAGAUCUCCUGGGGAACCUCAUUGUACUUACCUGUCCAACAGUCACAACUUCCGUGUGACAGGGUUAUGGCAAGACGACAUCUGUACUGAGAGCGUCUAUGGCUUUGUCUGCCAGAAGCCGCAAGACAUCACCAAGCGUCCUACACAAUCCUAUUAUACCGCUUCCUCUCUGGACUCAUCCGAGUAUAAGAACCACAGUUACCGUAUCAUCCACGGCAACUUGAGCUGGUAUCAGGCCCAGAAGGCAUGUUUGGAGAAGGGGGCGGCACUUGUGAGCAUCACAGACCCGUUUCAGCAGGCCUAUCUCACUGUGCUGAUCAACAGGCUUGAAGCCCCACACUGGAUCGGCUUGUACAGUACAGAUGAUGGUCUCUCACACCAGUGGUCGGAUGGCAGUGAGCUUUCCUUCACUUACUGGGAAGUGUCUAAUUAUUACCCAGAGGGGCCCAUGGGAGAUGGAGGCUGUGUGUCCAUGGAUAUUAACGGACGGUGGAAAGACGUUGAAUGUGACAUGUUCUUAUCAGGGGCGAUAUGUUACAUACCUCCCCCAAAAAGCAUUGCUUUCUCCUAUGAAGUGGUAUGUCCUGAGACCUGGGUGAAGUUUCGUGGGAGCUGCUAUUAUUUUGAAACAGUUCUAUUGAAGAUGACCCUGGAGGAAGCGAGAAAUCACUGUAAAAAGAAGGGAAAUUUUUCAGAUGUUAUGACAGUUCAAGAUGAUGAGGAGAGUCGGUUCUUCCUUAAAGAGGUUUCACGUCAUUACCGGGGGCCUCAGAAUUUGUGGCUUGGAAUUUUAUACGACACUGACACUGACGCUUUGACUCGACUGGAUGGCUCACCGCUCCAUUACACAAACUGGCGCUCCAGAGCUCCAGAUGCCAGUGACAUGAGGGCGGAUUCAUGUGUGACUCUGCGGGUUUCAGACGCCGUGUGGCAGUUAGCUGACUGCACUGAGAGACUGGGUUUCAUCUGUAAAACCUCAACAGGUGCCAUCAAAGAGGUAGAAGUGGAGCCACUGAAAGGUCUUCACCAAGGUGUGAUCUCGGCGGCUGUGUUGGUGGCCAUCGUGUUGUUUGCUGUGGUGAUCGGAUCGACGUGGCUCCUUUACAAGAGAAACUCUCUGUGCGUCCGGAGGCUUCUGACGUUUGGCAGUGCCUAUUACAGACAGACUAGUUCCCAAGCCAGUGACCAAGAUGAAAAUGUUUUACUCCCAGACCUAGAGACACAAGCAGGGGACUAGCAUGUGUUUAUGUGAGUGUAGGUGCAUGUUUGUGUUUUGCAUGAGAGUGUGUUUGUUCAGUCAGGGAAACUGCAUUGGGAAUGAUGAAGAUAGUCGAGUUGUCUGUCCAUACUGUAGCUACAGGAGGAUAUUGUGCACAUGCAGGUCUUUUAAAGCUCCACAACAAUCCAUUUAAAAGCAUUAUAAAAGGGAUAUCCUUUAUGAAGUGAGAAAUGGGGCUUUUUUAUUUUGUCUCAUUCAGGACAACAACACAAUUCCUCUAGGAUGCAAUAGCUAAAAUGGGCCAAAUGGCUUGGUGGUUAAGUGCGCUUUAAUAUUGCUACGAAACUUUGCAUUUCUGACACCCGCUUGUCAUGGAGAAGAAAAGAAGCUAGUUCCAGAUUGUUGUUGUGGAAGUAUGCCACCAAGUCGUAGUUUUAUGUAAUAUCAAUGUAUUCGGGCACAUGACCAAAAGCAUGACUAAUAUUGUUUGUCUAGUUUUCUUCACAGUGCAAUGGAAAAGAGAUUAGAAAUCCUCUAUGUAGAAAAUUAUUGUUUAUUGCACACAUAUUUGCAUCAAACAUUCGUCAUUUUGUGAACAGGCCUUUAAAGUCAACAUGAAAUCAAAAUGACCCUAUUUACUUUCUAAAAGGUGCACUCAUUAAAAUAAAUAGCAUGUUGAAGAGUAUGUAUAACAAAAACAUGAAUACAAAUUACUGAGUAAACCUUCAAUACACACAAAAAAAAAACUUUCAUCAAAAUAUAAUAACUCGCUCCACCUCUGAAACGAAUUUCCUUUUAGAUGACAUCACCAAGGCCGCUUACAUUUUAACCAAUGGUUGUGUGCCAUGAGGGGGAGGAGUCAUUCAUAAUCGACUAUAAACUGUUGUGGAGCAGACACUUUUGACAAUGGGUAAUUUUUUGAAACAUGCAUCACAUUAGGAAAGAAAAAAGGAUUGUGGGUGUCAUUUCAUGUUGACUUUUAAGCGUUACGCUUUAACUUUUGCAACUAUUCAACAAUGCAACUUUUGGAUCUCUAUGAUCCUUCUUUCCAGGGUGAACUGCUCUUUUGAAGUCUGUUAAUAGUUCAUCUACAGCAGGAUGCUUGUUCUCACAAGUAGUUUGUUCUGGUUAGAACAAUAAACUAUAAUAAACUAUAAAGAGUCCACAAAUCCAAAAUAAGCCACUGCUCACCAAAGCAAAGCGGAAUAGCUUGGCCAUGAAUAAAUGUUUACCUUGCACCGCUGGUGGUUUUAUCAGUAUUACAACCUUAUUUUAGUAUCGUUUUCUCUCCUUUGAUACCUGAAACUGGUUUGAUCUGAAGCGUGUUUGGUAGGAUUACAUCUUUUCUUUAUAAGCACCUUACUUUUGCACAGCUCCCAGAGCACCAGAACCUUGUCUAUUCGUAUUCUGUGGUUAAAAAAUUACGUUUAAACCCUUCGUCUUCAUUUUGGCUUAUUGCAUUGUCUAACAGAAACUAUUAGUGCUUCAUUUAUGAAUUUAUUCUAUCGCAAAAAUGUGAACAUUGUUUUUAAUCAUAUAUUGUUUCUCUACAGUUUUGGGAAUAGGAACACACACAAAGACUGUACAUUUAAGUUUCAGAAAUCCCCUCUGUAUUUCCUAAUCAGCCAUGAAAAUAAAACCCCCUUGUAUAUUUGGCAAUGUUUUUGUGGAAAUUAAAGGGAUUGUAGUAGUGAGAAGUAUAUGGCAAGACAAUCAAGGCUUCAUUGUUUUGUUUUAAUCAUCGACACAGAUUUCAUAUAUUGGUAAAAAGUUUUGAUAAACAGUUAUAUUCUAAUAUACAAUAGGUUCUUUCCAUUCUUAAAUUUUUACUUUUUAAAAAAUUUUACUGUAAGACUGUGGAUUUGUGUGUUUUACUGUAUGUGUGAUUGUGUUUUAAAGUCUGCCCAGUGUUAUUGUGUGUCACAGUUUACAUUUUAUUCUUUAGCAGUUAUGUUUCUGAAGAAGGUCAAAUUGUAACUUUUGAGAGUUUUUUUUUUUUUUUUGGCUUGUUUACUUCUCUAGUUUUCAAGAACACUUGAUCAGUUUAAUGUGACCAACUGUAUUUUCAAUGUUUCACCUGAUCUAUGAUUUUUUUGAAAAAUAAUUAAAUACUCUAUAGAACUCUU